AUGAACAGACAUAGGCUUGUGCCAACAGGACAAGACGAAUGCAGUAAAGGAAUUCGUCAAGCUUGCUCGUCUUCUCUAUCUCCUUUCAUACGGUCACAAUCUCCUGAUUCACCUGCUCAGCUGUGGCCAAAGAAUAGUUCUCAGGGCACGUUCUCGCGGUCUUCCACCUUCUGCACAAACCUCUACUUGUCAUCUUCUUCAACCUCUGAGACUCAGAAACAUCUAGGAAACAGUCUUCCUUUCCUCCCUGAUCCCUCUGAUUUUAACCACUCAGCUUCUGGUGUGGAGUCUGCAAGAUCUCCAUCUGUUUUCAGUGAGGAUUUGGGUAAUCCUUUUGAUGGAGACAGCUCCGGGAAGCUUGUCAAAGAUUUCCUUAAUCUUUCUGGGGAUGCUUGUUCCAAUGGCGGUUUUCAUGAUCUUGACUGUUCGAAUGAUAGCUAUUGCUUAUCAGAUCAAAUGGAAUUGCAGUUUCUCUCUGAUGAACUCGAGCUGGCCAUUACAGACGGAGCUGAAACUCCUAGGCUUGAUGAGAUUUAUGAGACACCGUUGGCUUCGUCAAAUCCGGUGACCAGAAUGAGUCCAAGCCAAAGUGGCGUUGCUGGAGUGAUGUCUAUUGACGCAGUUUCAGCUCACCCUUCUCCAGGAUCAGCAGCCAAUCACAAGCCGAGAAUGAGAUGGACUCCUGAGCUCCACGAUCGAUUUGUAAAGUCGGUGAACAAACUUGAAGGGCCUGAGAAGGCCACUCCAAAGGCUGUUCUGAAGCUCAUGAAUGUUGAGAGCUUGACUAUCUAUCAUGUAAAAAGCCACUUGCAGAAGUAUAGACUAGCCAAGUAUAUGCCAGAGAGAAAAGAAGAGAAAAAGAAUAGUAACUCGGAAGAAAAGAAACUGGCUUUGAGUAACAGUGAAGCUGAUGAGAAAAAGAAAGAGGCAAUUCAGUUAACCGAAGCUCUGCGUAUGCAGAUGGAAGUUCAGAAGCAAUUACAUGAACAGCUCGAGGUGCAACGGGUGCUUCAGCUACGAAUAGAAGAGCAUGCUAAGUACUUGGAAAAGAUGCUGGAAGAACAACGCAAAGCCGGAAGGUUGAUUUGUCCGUCUUCUACUUCUUCUCAAACAUUGUUAUCACCUAGUGAUGAAUCUAUACAAGAUCCUCAAAACAUGUCCAAAACCGAAGCAUCUUCACCUCAACCAUCAUCUUCUGGAAAGAACAAAGCUUCUGAAACCGAAGACGAUAAAUGUGAAUCUCCUCGGAAACGUCCCAGGCUUGAGAACAAAGCUGAAACUGAAGAUCUUGAGAGGUAG